AUGAACUCGCUGAGAAAUCUCUGCCUAUUAGAAUUACAAGCCUCUCCUUUCCUUUCUCUCUCUCUUUAUUUUCAAACGCCAAGGCCACCCACAACAACAACAACAAAGACACCUCAGCUCGUGACCCUCUUCUCUUUUUCCUCUGCUCAUUUUCAUUACACCAAAAGCAUAUUCAAGGAUAGGGCCAGAAGUCAGUCAAGGACCAAUAGAUCCAUGUCCCUUGGAGGCAUGGAUUAUCCAGAUCCCAAGAGGAAGAACAAUUUUGUAGGAAAAAUUCUUCUGGCUGCUACCCUUACAGCAUUAUGCAUUAUCAUGCUGAAACAGUCCCCAUCUUUCAAUACCCCAAGCAUGUUCUCCCUUCAUGAAUCAGGGGUAACCCAUGUCCUAGUAACAGGAGGUGCUGGAUAUAUUGGUUCACAUGCUGCAUUUCGACUUCUAAAGGAUUCAUAUCGUGUAACUAUUGUGGAUAACCUCUCACGGGGAAACCUAGGUGCAAUCAAGGUUCUCCAAGAACUAUUUCCUGAACCUGGAAGGCUUCAGUUUAUUUAUGCUGACUUGGGGGAUGCAAAAUCUGUUAACAAAAUUUUUUCAGAAAAUGCUUUUGAUGCUGUGAUGCAUUUUGCAGCUGUUGCAUACGUGGGGGAAAGCACCCUUGAUCCACUUAAGUAUUACCACAAUAUUACGUCGAAUACCUUGGUGGUUUUGGAGUCAAUGGCUGCACAUGGUGUGAAGACUUUGAUAUAUUCUAGUACAUGUGCAACAUAUGGGGAACCUGAGAAGAUGCCUAUUACUGAAGAAACUCCACAGGUCCCAAUUAAUCCAUAUGGAAAAGCUAAGAAGAUGGCAGAAGAUAUUAUCUUGGAUUUCUCUAAGAAUUCAGACAUGGCAGUCAUGAUCCUCAGGUACUUCAAUGUGAUUGGGUCGGAUCCAGAGGGCAGAUUAGGCGAAGCCCCCAGACCUGAGCUUCGUGAGCAUGGACGAAUAUCAGGUGCUUGUUUUGAUGCAGCUCGCGGCAUUAUUCCUGGGCUAAAGGUUAGAGGUACAGAUUAUAAAACAUCUGAUGGCACUUGCAUAAGGGACUAUAUAGAUGUCACUGAUUUGGUUGAUGCUCAUGUGAAAGCUCUCGAGCAUGCACUGCCCCGUAAAGUGGGAAUCUACAAUGUUGGCACUGGAAAAGGUAGUUCAGUAAAGGAGUUCGUGGAGGCAUGCAAGAAGGCAACUGGGGUGGACAUUAAAGUUGAUUUCCUUCCCCGUCGGCCUGGCGACUAUGCUGAGGUCUAUAGCGACCCGUCUAAGAUCCUGCGUGAACUCAACUGGACAGCUCAACACACCAAUCUUCAAGAGAGUUUGCAGGUUGCAUGGAGAUGGCAAAAGUCACACCGUGAUGGGUACGGAACCCCUUUGGUGAUGUAUUCUUGA